AGACCAUAGCACCACCUGCAGUUCAACAAACAGCGCGACAAGGAAGUAACCAUUACAGCUCGUUGAGACGAUGUUUUUGUGACCAAAUGUUUUCCUUGUAGCACAAGAUGCCAGUUGAAAGCCCAGAGGACAGGACAGUAGAGGUGCUGGGGGUGGCUGAAGCACUGGACGAGGAGCUGCUGUCUCUGUACUUUGAGAAUAAGCGCUCUGGAGGAGGCCCCCUUGUCUCUGUGGAGAAGAGGGGUAACCGUGCCAUAGUAGUAUUUGAACAGGCAGAAGCUGCAGCCGAAGUUCUGUCUAAACAGCACCAUGUUCUAAAUAAUAUCCAGUUGAAUGUGAGAAAGGCUGCCACAAAGGACCAACACAGACUACUGCUGCGGGGGAUCAACCCUAGUACCAGCACUGAGAUGAUAGAGCUCUAUGUGGAGAACAUGAUGGGACUGAACGUGACAGACUACACUCUGUGUCCCUUACCAGGCAGAGAUUUCAUCCUCAUUCACCUCAGCAGACCCUUCUCAAAAGAUUUCCAAAACCUUAGUGCAAAGAUCUCUAGGAGGACACUUGAUGGGGCCAAGGUAACACUUGAACAGACUGAGCAAACUGAUUCUGUCUUGGUGGAGAAUCUGCAUCCUGGAACCACUCCAGACAUGCUCACUUUGUACUUUGAGAGCAAGCGAGGUGGAGAUCAGAAGGUGAAUGAGGUCACAAUGCUAUCAGAGGAUACAGCAAAGGUGUCCUUUGUCAACUACACAUCAGCAUACACUGUCCUGGAUCUCCAACACAAACUGGAUGGUGCUGAGCUAAUAGUAAAGCCAUACUUUACCUUUCUUCAGCCUAAAGAAAGCAUAAGAUCACAGACCUCUGAAACCGGAAGCCAUGACAUGACUGAGAUAAACUCAGAGGCUCUGAGUGAUAUUCAGAUGCAGACCAGUUCUCCCAUGGUGGUCAGUGCUGAUAACCAGUUCCCCCCUCAGAUGGCAUCAGAGCCUCCUGCUAUCUAUGAGGAGGUAGAAGAGGCAGAAAAGGAAGUUAUGGAGGAUCAAACAGUGGAUGUGGAAACACUAUCAAGCCAUGUUGCUAUUACUGACCCAGUAAAAUUAGCUUUGUUUCAACUUGGCCCCCUUCUACAGGACAUUGAAAAAGCUUACCCAGAUGUCACCAUUCUAAUCGGAGAUGAUGGUCUGCACACUGAAGGGACUGACAGAAAAAUGUUGGCGCAGAUAGAGCGCACCAUCUUGGACUUUAUUGGCAAUAUGGCUGAAGUUAAUUUCACCCUUGAACCAGAAAAGGCCCAGUUCCUUACAAGAAAAGAAGUCAAAGAACAUUUACUGCAAACCAUUAAUCAAACUGGGUCACCCACUAUGUACUCUGUAUGUGACUGUAAAGUUAUGGUGACAUCACUCUCCCAAAACUCAGCUAACCAGGCAUGUAGCUUUUUAAAAUCCCAGCUGUGUCAGAUCAGCAUACCGGUGAACACAGAAUAUGAGGGCAUCUUAUCCUGCAGAGAGUGGACCGAGUUCCUGCAGGUUCUGGGUUUCUCCUCUGUAAAGGUGUCAGAGCGAGGAGACACUAUUGAUGUGUUGACUCUGAAAGGAAUGGAGAGUGUGAAGCAGACUGCAAUCCUGGAGUUUCUUACUACACCCAUUGAAAGAGAGACCGUGAUCUCAAUGGAGCCCGGCAUGCUGAAAUACAUCCAGAUCCAGUGUCACCAGCUGCUGGCUGACAUGGACCAAGUAUCUAUUUUUCCAUUAGAAGCAGAGGACGUUUGUGGAUUAAAGAUCCAUGGCCAAGCUGUUGCUUGUCAAAUGGCUGAGGAGGUGUUGCAAGGUGUGGUCUCCUCUAUCUGCACCAGAACCAUCACAGUAAAUGCUCCAGGAGUGGCCCGAUUUUUGGAUGAGCCAGAGUGCAGGAGUAUCCUGAAUGAGAUGGAGUCAAAGUUUCAGGUCUACAUCAGCCCAAAGUAUAUGCCCUGGAAACCUCUGCCACACCAGGACAUUUUUGAAGCUGCAUGGAAGAUGAUGUCCCACAAAAACUUCCAGAAAGUGUCCAUGGAUGGUCGUGCACAGGACUUGAAUUCAGAUUCAAUGCAAACUGUUCAUAAUGGAGCUCCAGACAAAGCCAUGGAUGAAAAACUGAAGCGCGCGUCCAGUUCAGACCAGCUCAAUGAUAUGGAUAACAUGGACCUGUACACGGCAGAUGGACUGAACAGCCUCACAGACCCAGAUGCUGACAUGAAUGAUGGAGCCCAGGGCUUUUCUAGCAGUCUGGAUGAAGAGGCCCAACUAUCUCUAGCCAUCCAGUACUCAAUGGAGUCAAGCCAUUGGUCCCUGGAGGAUGAGGAGGAGCAGUUGAAAAAAGCCUUGGAGUUGUCCAAGGAAUUAAUUCAUGGUACUGAUAAGAGCCCCCAGGCAGACCAACUGGAGAAGGGCAGAGAUGUUUCCUUACAAGAUGCCAUCAAGGCAGCCAACACCAUCCAGUUAGUUGUGUUCGCAGGUUAUAGCUGUGAUCUGAUUCGGGUGGACAUAGCCUUUGGGAAGAAGGUCACUCAGAGACAGGUUGAGGAGAAACUCGAACACAGGAGUGUGAAGAAUAUAUCCGAGUACCACAGGAAGUGUUUAGAGAUGAUCAAGAGGAAGCAUGCAGUCGAGAUUGAUGUUCAGGGCACCAUAGUCACCGUUUCUGGAUUCAAGGACUUUGUGCCUGGAGGAGUGUGGGAUGUGAAGCUGCUGCUGGAGAAAAUCACCAAUUCUGUAUCUGAGCAGGAAAUCUUGAGGACUGUCUUGUGGGUGCAGCAUGAUCCAGCCUCCUCAGACAUGAUUCCUUAUUCACGCGAGGCUACAGCAUUCAUUGAGAAUGCCUGGAGAAUGAAACUGAAACAUUUAGACAUCUUACUAGACAAUCAACCCCACACUAUCAACUUUGAAAAGAUGCAAGAGCACAACAUAGCUUCAGGGAAAUCUGUGAAAAUCACCAGGAAGCUGCUGGAAUUAGAGGGUUUGGGUGAGGAUGUACCAGAAGAAGAAUACUCUCUGCUGUCAAAAUUACCUGAAGUGACCAAAGUUGAUGAGGAAUCAGAUGAAUUUCAGAAUGUGGUGAAGAACUUCUAUGAGACCAUACAGGAAUACCACAGCAAGAUCAGAAUCAUACAGGUGGAGAAGCUGAUGAAUCGCCUGCUGUACAAUCAGUACAAGUUGAAGAAGGCGAGCAUACUGAAGCGUGCCACGUACCCAGAUGUUGAACGGAGACUCUAUCACGGCACAAGUGAAAAUAGUGUGAAAGAGAUAUACAUUCAUGGAUUUAACAGAAGCUUCUGUGGAAAGAAUGCCACUGUCUACGGUCAGGGGGUCUAUUUUGCCGUCAACUCCGCGCUGUCUGUCCAGGAUCAGUACUCGCCCCCAAAUGCAGAUGGACACAAGUUUAUUUUCGUGUCAAGGGUUUUAACAGGAGACUUUACAAAAGGUUGCCAUUCGAUGAAGACUGCUCCGCUGAAGGAGACCGGAGAUGUUCCCCUGAGAUACGACAGCGUGACAGACGACAUUACCAAGCCUUCAAUGUUUGUCAUCUUCAAUGAUACACAGGCUUUUCCUGAAUAUCUCAUUACAUGCCAGAGAAUCCAUCGCUGAGGAAAAUCUGCCUCGCUGUUUGACAAUAACCCUAAAAUUAGAGAACGGACUGCAUUUCUUUAAUGUUUUGGGCUUGAAUUAAAACAGUACAUUUGAUUUCUGAAGGGCUAAUGUGUUAGUGUACAGCUGGUAAUGUUUCUUUUAUCUAAAUAGUACUUUGCUAUUGAUAAAUCACUCACAUUUCUUACUUCUAGAGAAAUUCAAACAGCUAAACAAAAACCCUAUUUUGUUACUUUGGUCUAUCAGCACAAUAUUACUGUUAUGAUUUAAAAAAUAAACCGUAUUGAUCUAUUGCAAACAGUUUUAGAGUUUCCUUAAUACAGAUAAUUGCUCUAAUGUGCAUAUAAGUGAAUGCAGUUUUGAUUUGUAAUUCUUUAGUCUGCCAGUAGAAGAGGUGACGAGAAGGGAAACACAAGUGUCUAAUAUUAAUUACCAGUAAGAGGUUAUUUCCCUGAGUCAUUAGUUGGUGCAUAUACAUUAGAAAGCCUGAUAUGACCUGAGUAUAUUUAGAAUUUAUUUGCUUUUGGGUUCAGUUUUUGGAGUUUUCCUGAAGUAACUCUCUACUGUUAAGAUUCUGGCCAGAUUAGAAAAUUUGAAGCCGGAGAAAAGCUCCUAAAUGCAGUUGAAAGUCCCAGGCCCUCUGCUUUACAGUGAAGGCAAGGUGAUAAUUUAUUUUUUUUUUCCUAGUUAAAGUAGCUUCUAAAAAUAAUUACCCCUCAGAAAUAUUUGACCUGGGCCUCAUCACCUGAUUUUCUGUCCAUCUAUUUUCUCGGCUAAAACUUGCAGACAACCAAGGAAAAAGGAACAUGUUAUAACUACCAAACAGUUUGGUCUGUUUCUACUGCAGAAUGAUCAUCAAGGUGAAAAAUCUGUGCUGCGCAUGUAGUAAUACUAUUGUUAUAAUUUGAUGACAUUUUUACACACUGUAUCAUGCACCAAGUAGAAAUAUGGUUAUUUUAAAAUAAAAUGUGCAAUUUUAACCCCUAUCUUUUCCAAAAUGUAACAGAGUGAAAUUUGUACACAGUUGCCAAAAUUUUCUUUUACUUUCUUAAAUAAAUUGUAACAGAAG